GAGUCAACGGGAGCAUUCGGACAGAUUUGUUGGUUGCUGCUUUGCUCAUUCUACAAGCCUGAACGGACACCUCAACUCGUCAUUCAUCAUCAUGAUGCUUCGAUCAAGAUCGCUGGCCGGCCAGCGUCCAUUUCAAACAUCACCAUAUGGUCUAUACUCCUCACGAACUCUUGGCGCAGCUUCAGGAUCCAAUUUGCAUUCCAAUUUAGGACCACAACAUCAGUUAUCUCAAUCAAAUAGGCCUUUCCCCAAGUCAGAUGCAAGGAAUUGUAUUCGAUGUUGGUCUUCUACCUUAUCAUCACCUCCGACAGCCACUCAACCACUACCGGAGGUAUACUCACAUCACAGCCCGAACCCUCCUGAAUUACUUUCUCAGCUAUCAAGCUCACGAACUCCUGGUGGACCGAUUGAUAUCUAUAGCAGUCGUGUAAAAGCGGGAAUCUUAAAAGAAGAUGCAUAUCAGCUUACGAUUGUGGCAAAAUUGCAGGACAUGUACGAUCGACUGGUCAAUUAUCAUCCUCAUCCAAUAGAGGUUGAAAAGCCAAGUUCAGUGGCUACAACAUCAGGAUGGCUUUCCAAUUUAUUUGGUAGCAAAUCCCACACGGUCAAGCCACCUUCAAUUUCAGAUUUAAAUGCACCCAAAGGUUUAUACUUACACGGUUCCGUAGGAACGGGCAAAUCAAUGUUGAUGGACCUAUUCUAUGACUCACUCCCUUCUCUUAGUAACCCUACACUACCAGCUCGAAGAAUACAUUUUCAUCAAUUCAUGAGUGAAGUUCAUAAACGUAAUCAUGCACUUCAAUAUCGUACGGAUGGGACUGAAAAUCAUUCACAAACCGAUGUCUUAGUCACUAUUGCUAAAGAGAUUGCACGCGAGUGUCGGAUCUUGUGUUUUGAUGAAUUCCAGGUGACGGAUAUUGUCGAUGCUAUGAUAUUGAAGCGACUGUUUGAGACACUAAUUGCUUAUGGUGUUGUUUGUGUGAUGACAUCAAAUCGACAUCCAGAUGAGCUCUACAAAAACGGCAUCCAACGAGUAUCAUUCCUUCCUUGUAUAGAGCUCAUCAAAUCACACUUUCUAGUCACCGAUCUUAACUCAGGUACCGAUUACCGUAAACAACCUCACGCACUUUCUAAAGUAUAUUAUACACCAAUCGAUCAACCGAACCGAUCCGAAUUCCAAAAACUUUUUGAAGCUUUAACAGAUGAUGAACCUGUUUUACCAAACCGACCACUUACCAUUUGGGGUCGUACACUCAAGGUUCCAUUAAGUACGAAUGAAGUGGCUUGGUUUAGUUUUCAAGAACUUUGUGGAAAUCCAUUGAGUGCUAGUGAUUAUCUUGAGAUCGUUAAACAGUUUCGAAUCGUUUUCUUGACUGAUGUACCUAAACUUACACUUUCACAACGUGAUAUGGCUCGUCGGCUUAUUCUAUUCUUAGAUGCUGCAUAUGAAUCCAAGACUAAGCUCUUUACGUUAUCUGAGGUGCCCAUUACACAAGUCUUUUCUGACUCAGCUGCUGAAUCCACCACAUCAGAUAACUCCAUCUCACCUGAGAUGCGAGCAGCAAUGGAUGAUCUAGGAUUAAAUCUUACGAGUAUAGGUAAAAGUUCAUUGUUUUCAGGUGAAGAAGAAACCUUUGCAUGGGCAAGAGCAGUUUCUAGAUUAAGUGAGAUGGGAACGCUGAAUUGGAGUUUACAAAACCCAUCUACUAAGAAUUUAUCUCAUCAGAUUGGAGUUAGUGAUUUGAUUAAAGAUCUAGAUGGUGAUGAAAGUUCUUUAUUGGUUCAUUGAACUUUGAUUUUAUGGAUUGAUUGAUUGAUUGGAUGAAUGUACUUGGAUUUAGUUUUAGUUUUAGUUUUAGAAUUUUUUGAUUGCUUUGAUUAGUUGUAGAAUGCUCGCCUUGUCUGUUUGUUCAUGUUUUUUUUUGUGAAGCAUUAAAGGAUUAUCACAUUUCCAUCAUGGUUCUCAAUCU